UGAUACAUGGAAAGGUGUAUUAACAAGUGAUUCUGAUGUAAAAGAAUUAUUACCAGAAUUUUAUAUGUCAUCACAAUUUAAUGAUGAUGAAGAUUAUGAAGAACAUCAUCAAGAUGGAGAAUUUUUACUUAAUCAAUUUGAUAUUGAUUUUGGUAUAAGACAUGAUGAUGUACGUGUUGGUGAUGUUUUACUUCCACCAUGGGCAGAAAAUGAACGAGAUUUUGUAUAUAAAAUGCGUUUAGCAUUAGAAAGUGAUUAUGUAUCACAACAUUUACAUGAAUGGAUUGAUCUUAUAUUUGGUUAUAAACAACGUGGUGAAGAAGCACGUCAAACUGAUAAUCUAUUUCAUUAUUUAACAUAUGGUGUACCAGAUAAUCAUAUUCCAACAUCAACUGAACAAUAUGAUGAACAAUUAUCAUUAGAAACACAAAUUCUUGAAUUUGGACAAGUUCCUAAACAGCUUUUUUUCAUGCCACAUCCACGUAAAUUAACUAAAUAUGAAUUAGAAGAAUAUAAAGAACGAGAAAAAAAUUCUGAUAUUAACAUUCCAUCAGCUUCAAUUGAUAGUGAUAAUAAUGAAAUAGAAUUAAAAUUAAUACGUCCUCGAAUUCAAUCAUUAUCAUCAAUUGAACAAUAUGACUUAGGUCAAUUUGAAUUUGAUUCUAUUUGUCGUUUACAUAAAACAGCUGUAAGACGUAUUGUACCACAUCCAUUAUUACCAUCAACACAUUUAUUAACAAUAGGUGAUGAUGGUUUUUUACGUAAUUAUAUGGUUGAUAGAAGUAAAAUUGAUACAUUUUAUUUUAUAUCAUCACGUCCAUUAACAUGUUUAAAAUCAAUUCCAGUAUAUGUAUCAAUAAAUACAACUGAACGUUGUUCAUUAGCAUUUAUUGGUAGUUAUGAUCAUUCAUUAUAUAUUUAUAAUUUAGAAACAGGUACAUCAUUAUUAUCACAAGUUUUACAUGAUGAUAUUAUAACAGAUUUAUAUAUAACAAAUCGAUCAACACCAACACUUUUAUGUACAUCAUCAAAUGAUGCAACUGUACGUAUAUGGUCAUUAGAAAAUCUUAUUUCUAUUCAUAAUGAUAGUUAUAUAUUUCAAACAAAUUAUCAUUUAUCAUCAAUUAUUCAUAUGCAAUAUGAUAUUACAUUUGAUUCAUCUUGUACUUGUAUGUAUGUAUUAGAAGAACAUUGUCUUUUAACUGUUGGUUGUCAAGAUGGAUCAAUAUAUAUAUGUAAUUUUCAAACUGGAGGAAUAUUAAAACAAUUAACAUCAACAUCACCAUCAUUACCUAUUUUAUCAUUAUCAUUACGUUCUGAUGGUCUUUUUCUUGCAUAUAUAUCAUCAAGAGCAGUUACAGUAGUUGAUAUUAUAACAGGUACAGAUGUAUUUACAAAAACAUGUUUAUCUGAUGAACAAUUAUUUAAUACAUUAUUUUAUUCAUCACAUAUGUUAAUUAUUGGUUUAAUAAAUGGUUCAUGUGAUGUAUGGAAUUUAAGAAUAUGUGAAAAAAUUUAUACAUUAAAUAUAUCGGAUAAUAUAAGUAUAACAACAAUAACAUAUAAUGAUGGAAUGUUUUUUUUUGGUACUAAUGAUGGAUCUGUACAUUCCUAUGUAUUUGCAAGUCGACAUCAAUUAUCAAUCUAG